AAAAUUGAGAGAGUCAAAAUUCAAUCCUUGAUUUUCUCUCCAAAUCCGCCUCUUAUAAACUACCCUCCUUUCACGCUUGCUCAUUCUCUGUGUACUCUGUUUUCUCCGUUUUCUCUUUACAUCUCAACAGCAGAGUCCAAAAACAACCGAAAAUGUCGAAGAACGAUGAAGUGUUCAUUGGCUCGAUCGAUCAAGGAACCACCAGCACCAGAUUCAUCAUCUACGAUCGCCAUGCUCGUGCUGUAGGAUCUCACCAGGUCGAGUUCACUCAGUUCUACCCACAAGCAGGAUGGGUGGAGCAUGAUCCAAUGGAGAUACUGGAGAGUGUGAGGCUGUGUAUGGCAAAGGCGAUUAAUAAGGCUACUGCUGAAGGUCACAACAUAGACAAUGGAUUGAAGGCGAUUGGGUUGACCAAUCAGAGGGAGACCACUCUUCUUUGGAGCAAAUCCACUGGUUGUCCUCUCCACAAUGCCAUUGUCUGGAUGGAUGUCCGCACCAGCGCUGUUUGCAGGAAAUUGGAGAAGCAAUUAUCUGGCGGUAGAACCCAUUUUGUGGAGUCAUGUGGCUUGCCCAUUAGCACAUAUUUCAGUGCAAUGAAGCUUAUCUGGUUGAUGGAAAAUGUGGAUGCUGUUAAGGAGGCUGUGAAAGCCGGUGAUGCUUUGUUUGGAACUAUAGACACUUGGUUAAUUUGGAACUUAACUGGUGGUGUGCAGAAUGGGUUACAUGUUACUGAUGUCUCUAAUGCAUCCAGAACAAUGCUCAUGAAUCUCAAAAGUCUUGAUUGGGAUAAAUCCACUUUAGAAACCCUAAAAAUACCCGCUGAGAUUCUGCCUAGAAUUGUAAGUAAUUCUGAGAUUAUAGGAAAGAUCGGCAAAGGGUGGCCAAUAACUGGUAUCCCCAUUUCAGGAUGUCUUGGUGACCAACAUGCUGCAAUGGUGGGACAAGCAUGCCGGAAAGGAGAGGCCAAAAGCACAUAUGGGACAGGUGCUUUUAUCCUCCUUAAUACUGGCGAAGAGGUAAUUAAGUCCUCGAAUGGGCUUCUAAGCACUUUGGCUUUUAAGCUUGGCAAAGAUGCACCAGCAAACUAUGCUCUAGAGGGUUCAAUCGCUAUUGCUGGGGCUGCGGUUCAGUGGCUUAGAGACAGUCUUGGGAUAAUUAGUUCCGCAAAGGAAAUUGAAGAAUUAGCAUCACAGGUUGAGUCAACUGGUGGGGUUUAUUUUGUGCCUGCUUUUAAUGGAUUGUUUGCCCCAUGGUGGCGUGAUGAUGCUCGCGGUGUUUGCAUUGGGAUCACAAGGUUUACAACCAAGGCUCAUAUUGCCCGAUCAGUGCUUGAGAGCAUGUGUUUUCAAGUGAAGGAUGUGCUGGAUUCAAUGCACAAAGAUGCAGGAGGGAUUAAGAAUGAGAAAGGGGAGUUCUUACUCCGAGUUGAUGGUGGUGCUACCGUUAACAACCUGUUGAUGCAAAUUCAGGCGGAUUUGAUGGGAAAUGCAGUGAUAAGGCCAGCCGACAUAGAGACGACAGCUCUUGGAGCAGCAUAUGCUGCUGGUUUAGCCGUUGGGGUCUGGAAAAAAGAUGAAAUCUUUGAUUCUGGUGAGGUGGUCAAGACUUCUACCAUUUUCCACCCCAAACUAGAUGAAGAAUUGAGGAAGAAGAAGGUGGAGUCAUGGUGCAAAGCUGUUGAAAGAACUUUUGACUUGGCAGAUCUUUCUCUUUGAGGCAAUGCAUUGAUUCUGCUUUGCUUUCUUGUUUUCUUUUUAGUUUGGAUGUCACAGCAGGGACACAUUUGGUACUUCAGAAUAAGCUUUUGUUUGAUCUGUGCUGUAAAUAAUUUUCAUUGGUAACGGGAGUUACUAGGGAUGAUUAAGUUCUUCUAUCUAUCUUACCAACUCUGAAAUUUCAAUACUCAGCACUUGUUAAGCGAA